AGUUCAGUACACACAUGUUGCCUAGAUUGUACAUGUUUCAUGGGAGCCCUCCGGCAAGGGCUGUCCUAAUUACAGCCAGAGCCAUCGGUCUAGAUUUGAACAAAAUCGAAAUUAACGUGAUGAAAGGGGAGCACUUGAAACCCGAAUACCUGCGAAUGAACCCCCAACACACGAUUCCUACUUUCGUGGACACGUGCGGCUUCGUUCUUUGGGAUAGUCAUUCAAUUAUGACUUAUCUGGUGUCGAAGUAUGCCAAAAAUGACAAGCUUUACCCGGAAGAGUUGAAAAAACGGGCAACUAUCAAUCAAAGGUUGUUUUUUGAAGCGAGCGUUGUGUAUCCUUACUUGAGAAAAACUUCACUGUCGGUACUUUUCAAAGGCAAAAAUAGUCUGGAUCAAGAAGACAGGAAGGCAGCGAAUGAGUGUUACGGUUUUUUGGAGAGUUUCUUAGAUGGGAGGGAGUGGGUGGCCGGGGAAAAUCUUAGUAUCGCCGAUUAUAGUCUACUGGCGUCAAUUUCGACUCUCAAUUUGUUAAUUUCGGUUGAUGAGGGGAUGUUUCCGAGAGUGAUCGCUUGGUUGAAGAAGUGCGAAGAGCUGCCAGAGUGUGAGGACAACAAAAAGGGGCUUCAAGAAAUGUCGCUUUUGGUUCAAACUAAGCUGAAAGUGGUCACAGAGUCCAUGGUCAAUCACAUCUGAUUUUUGUAAUAAAAAUGUAGUGUCAAUAAAACUCUCAAAAGGU